AGAUGGUGGUCAAAGCUGAGAGAAGCUGCUGACUCGCUGAAAUUAUUUCAAAUAAAAACUUUACAUCGCCGAGGACUAGUGAAAUCUAAUUUUAUUGCUGCGUUGUCGGGGGCGAAACAGGAAAGGGGAGACUUCGUAUUGUGGAAUAAAGCGAUUAAAAGACCACCCUCCCGGGGUUGCGGAUUCUUGGAAGGGUCUGACAUGUUCGACUGAGCUGGAGGUCACAAGGGCCUCAACCCAAACCCCACGACAUGGCAGAGUCUGCCGGCCCCCAGAAAUACCUGCCGAGAGAAGGAGAGGACAACUGCAGCCUGAGCCAAACAAAAGAUGAGGAGUCAGAGGAGCCAAACAAGAAACUGAAGGUUGACCACAUCUCUGGCGGCACAGAAAGCCUCCACAAUGUAGACUUUUGGUUUUGUGAAGAGUGUAAGGAGUACUUCAUCGAGGAAUGCCCGAGCCAUGGUCCUCCCGUCUUCGUGCCAGACACCCCCGUGCCUCUGGGGGUGCCCAACCGUGCCGCCCUGACCGCCCCCUCCGGGAUCGAGGUCAUCCAGGAAGGAGGGGAGGUGGACGUGUGCUGUGUGGACAAGGAUAUCCCCAAGGGGGCGCUGUUCGGCCCGUAUCAGGGAGAAGUGGUCUCUCAAGACAAGUCGUCCGGAUUCUUUUCCUGGAUGAUCAUCGAUGAAAACAACACGUACAAAUCCAUCGAUGGCAGCGAUGAAACGAAAGCGAACUGGAUGAGGUACGUGCGUAACUCGGCGGACGACGGUGAGCGGAACCUGACGGCCUUCCAGCACGGCGAGCACAUCUACUUCAGGGUGUGCCGCGACCUGACGGCGGGAGAGAGGCUGCGUGUGUGGUACAGCGAUGACUACAUGGGCCGGCUGCACAGCAUGUCCCAGGACAGCAUAGACUGCAAUCUGGCUGCAGUGCCAUCAGCUGUUGACAAAUCAGAGGGUGUUCACCGGUAUCAGGAGGAAACUAAAGGGCCGGUGCUAAGGUCAUCGCUUCACGGUCGAAGGGGCCUCGGCAAGCAAGCCAACGAUGAAGCUGACUGUCAACCGCAGGCCAAGAAGAAGAAGAUCGAUCUCAUCUUCAAAGACGUUCUGGAAGCUUCUUUGGGCUCCUCCAAGGGCAUGGACAGCGCCAUCCCGCUGAGGCAGACCCGGGGCCAGCCGGUCGCUUCCCUAUUCAAUCACCCCAAAAUGGCCACCCUCCAAAUAGGCUCCACGUACUCAAUCCAGCAGGAGUGCAAACCUGUCGUGGCGGCCCUCUGCCCCACCCCCUCCGAACGGGACGAGGGGGAGCCUGACACAAGGUCUGUGAAGAUAGAGGAACACCCUGCCCUGGCCUCGGAGAGCCCCUCCACCUCCUUCUGCCCCAACUGCAUCAAGCUGAAACGCAGGAUCCGAGAGCUGGAGGCGGAGCUGGAGCGCGUGAGGGCGGGGCCACAGCUGGAGUCACAUACCCAGGCCCCGCCCCUGCCAGACCCACUCCCGUUCGAAGAGCUGCGAGUGACCGAGGCCAUGACUCCCGUGACCGUGGUGCUGGACGAGGACGACCAGGACGUGGACUCUGCGGACGAGUCCAUCGCCGCUGACCUGAUGGUUGCCGCUGACGACUCGUCCAAGCUGUCCUCCGGGCCGGGCCGGCGCAUCCGCCGCUUCAAGCAGGAGUGGCUGAAGAAGUUCUGGUUCCUGCGCUACUCGCCCACGCUCAACGAGAUGUGGUGCCACGUCUGCCGGCAGUACACCGUCCAGUCCUCGCGCACCUCCGCCUUCAUCGUGGGCUCCAAGCAGUUCAAGAUCCACACCAUCAAACUGCACAGCCAAAGCAACCUGCACAAGAAGUGCUUGCAGCUCUACAAGCUGCGCAUGCACCCGGAGAAGACCGAGGAGAUGUGCCGCAACAUGACGCUGCUCUUCAACGCCGCCUACCACCUGGCACUGGAGGGCCGGCCCUUCUCCGACCUGCGGCCCCUGGCAGAGCUGCUGAAGAAGUGUGAGUUGAAGGUGGUGGACCAGUACCUGAACGAGGGCGACUGCCAGAUCCUCAUCCACCACAUCGCCCGGGCGCUGAAGGAGGACCUGGCCGAGAGGAUCCGCCUCUCGCCCUUCCUCAGCAUCAUCAUGGACGGCCAGAACGACGACCUGCUGGCCGACACGGUCGCCGUCUACGUGCAGUUCAUCACCAGCGACGGGCCCCCCGCCACCGAGUUCCUCUCCCUGCAGGGGCUGAGCUGCACCUCCGCCGACGGGUACGUCCAGGCCAUCGACCGCGCCUUCGCCAUCCUGGGCCUCAGGCUGCAGGACGUGCUGGUGGUGGGCCUGGGCGUCGACGGGUCCAACAUCUCCGCCGGCUUGAGGGCCAACCUGUACAUCACCAUGAGGAAAACUCUGCCCUGGGUGCUGUGCCUUCCCGUUAUGAUCCACCGACCUCACCUGGAGGUGCUGGACGCCAUCAGCGGGAAGGAGCUCUCCUGCCUGGAGGACCUGGAGAACAACCUGAAGCAGCUGCUCAGCUUCUACCGCUACUUCCCGCGCAUGAUGGCGGAGCUGAAGGCCACUGCCCCCACGCUGUCAGAGGAGACGGAGUUCCUGGGCGACAUCCGAGCGGUCCGCUGGAUCAUCGGCGAGCCCAACGUCUUGAACGCCCUGAUCAAAGACUACCUGGAGGUGGUGGCCCACCUGAAGGAGAUCAGCAGUCAGACACAGAGAGCGGACGCUGCGGCCAUCGCCCUGGCCCUCCUGCAGUUCCUCCUGGACUACCAGUCCGUCAAGCUCAUCUACUUCCUGCUGGAUGUCAUCGCUGUCCUCUCGCGCCUGGCCUUCGUCUUCCAGGGGGACUACCUCCUCAUCUCCCAGGUGGACUCCAAGAUCGAGGAGGCCAUCCGGGAGAUCGGACAGCUGGUGGACUCCCCCGGCGAGUACCUGCAGGAGUUCGAGGAGAGCUUCCGGGAGAGCUUCAACGGCGUGGACCUGAAGAACCUGCGAGUGGCCGAGUCCAAGUUCCAGUCCAUCCGCGAGAAGAUCUGCCAGAAGAGCCAGGGCAUCCUGGCCCAGCGCUUUGACGCCCGCAGUCGCACGGUGGUCAAAGCCAGCCGCGUGCUGGACCUCGCCACCUGGCCGCGCAACGAGGACGACCUCCGGGCCUACGGGGAGGAGGAGAUCCUGCUGAUGUUCGACCACCUGGAGACCGUGCCCUCCGUGGCCCGGGAAGCCUGCCGCGAGAGGGGGGACCCCCGGGGCAGCCUGGUGGUGGAGUGGAGGGACCUGAAAGCCGACUACUUCAGCAUGAACGGCUUCAAGGAGGUGAUAGGCCACAUAUGCCGCUACAGGCAGCGCUUCCCCCUGCUCAAUCGCAUCGUGCAGAUCCUGCGGGUGCUGCCCACCUCUACGGCCUGCUGCGACAAGGGCCGGGUCUCCCUGCAGAAGGUGCGCAAGAACAACCGGGCCCGCCUCACCCUGGAGCAGCUCAAUGACCUGCUGACCCUGGCUGUCAACGGCCCUCCCAUGGCCAGCUUCGAUGGGAAAAGGCCCCUGGACAGCUGGUUCGAGGAGAAGUCUGGGAACAGCUUCUCACUGUCGGCGGAGAUGCUGAGCAGGAUGUCCAACACCGACCAGAAGGCCGUGCUGCACGGCUUGGACGUGAGCACGGAGUUCUGCGACUAGCGAGCCCUUGGCCUCAGCCGACAUAUUCCAAAAAAGCCAUCCCGGAGGGAGGGGGGAGGAGUGAUCAGAGCCAUCAUGUGAUUGGCCAAACCAACUGAUGGUGGCACUGCUGCUAAGAUGGGCUGAUCAGUUUCUUUCUUUUUUAUGUAAGAGAAUUGGGCUAGUAGAAUCAUACUUUAGCUUGUAUUACGCGCUGCACUAUGGACGAUAUAUGUGUAUAACUUUAUAUGUAAAUACAUAUCUGUACGUAUGCAUGUACUUACAAUGCAAAAAUGUAUUCAUAUAAAUAUAAUCACGAAAUCACUGCAAAAUGUCACAUAAAACCACUUAUGUUUCCUUAGGUAGAGUAAUGAGGGUAUUUUUAUAAAGGCAGCGUUUCCAGGAAAGACUUUAAAAGUUGACAUUUUUGUAUGAAAAGAAGUUAUUUCCUAUUAAAUAGCCGAAUUAAAUAUCCUAUUCUUCAUAUCUUAUAAUAUAGGCUGAUUAUGUGAUUACGUGAAGUUCAACAAAAGGAGGAAGUGGUCUUAGCGUUUCAUUGUACUUCAUUGCCACUGCUUCGUUGAUUGGAAUGAGAAAUGAAACAUCCUGCCAAUGAGACUUAGGGCUUACACUCGGCGCAACGUGAUGGAAACCCAAACCCAAGUGUCUUUGCUAGUUUAAGGCCAACGCAUUUCUUUGUCAUUCUCCCGUCCAGCAUCUAUGCUAGCAUAUGAUCUUGAGUCCAUGUGGACAGGUUGGUCUUAAAAUGAGGUGUGGUCGUGGUAAUUGUUGGUGUAUUGCUAUUUUGAUGCGUCCGAAAGCAUUUGCGUUGUGUCCAUCCUAGUCUUAAGUCAUAUCGCAGUCUCACGCCCGCGCCACCCUCCUGUCUAUUACACACACAGGGGCACGCACAAACACACAUUAAAAUAUCAAGAUUGCAAUGUAAAAGAUAAUUAUUUUGUAUAUGAAAAAACACAAUAAACAUACAUGUUGUACUAUUGAUCUAAAUUAGACAAUCACAUUAUGAUAACGACAACUAAAACUCUAUAAAACUCAAAUAAAAAUCCUGGUGAGGAGAUGUUGCAAUGCUAUGUAAGGUUACACACGUAUUUGAAAAAUGAUCCUGGAUGAAGACAUGACUUAUAUUGGCCAGCACUGUCCGUACUGCAGUCUCCCAGGAGGAUCCCUAUUGGAGCCGUAGCUGGCUAUCCGCUAAAGACAUGGCUGAUGACAAGUAUAGAGUACGUGAAUUGUCAUUCAGUUGAAAACUCAUGAAAACACGCCCUGUAGCUUAAUUUGAAGUGCUAAAAACACAGAUGUUUGCAGAAGUCAGGUGGAACAUUACAACACAGCCCUCUGAAUGUCUGUAUAUUCUUUGCGGCAUGUUGUGCGUUACAUAACGUUGGCAGAAUUCGCAGAUGUUUUGGACAUUGAUGGAUUACAGGAAGGCGUGAUGAUGGACUGCUGUUGCCUUUAGUGAAGUGAGAUCUUCCCACCAGCAGCAGGGGCCAGAACGAAUCAGCUGCCAUCUGUAGCAUUUCUAGCACACAGAUUAGUUUAGAAAAAGUCCACAUUUUUGUCAUAGCUUUGUCCAGGAAAUAUUUAUUUGGACAUUUUAAAUCACCUUAAUGCAUUGCAAUGUUUUUCAAAUACGGUCCAGUUUUUUUUUUUUUAUAUGAUUCAAAAUCAAAGAUUAACUGUUUUUAUUCUUCAUUCUUCACAUACAAUGAACAGGUUUCCAUAAUUCCGGCAGUUAAAACCCUGCUGGUAAAACUAAAAAUCAUCAAAGAAAAAAAUAAACCUUUUAAAAAAAUUACUAAAUGAUUUGUGUCACUUUACACAAUUCUGAGAAUUUUAAUGGACUCACACAAGCAGGUCUUUCUCAUUAGAAGUCUUGCUAAAUCCACCUUGAUAAUCGCAAUCCACCAAGGUACAAACGCAGGUGGCUUUAAAGGAAAUUAAAGAUGACCCUUGUUUUAUCACUCGUUACACCCAAGACACACGUAUUAAUUUAAUUAAGCCACUAAGUUCAGCCCUUUUGAACGUCGUGCCAUACUUUGCACUCAGUCCAUCUGCCAUUAAUUAAACUAGCAACAGUGUAUAUGACCAUGCCCUCAAUAAUGUACUUGCGCUUUGCACUUUAGGCUAUGCGUUAAGAUCAUUAAAAUGGGGCCCUUAAUCAUUUACAUUUGAGAAAAAUCCACACAGGAGAAACCUUUUACAGUUUGUUGCAGUUGCUAACCUCAGUGUUUGGAAAAUGCAAUUGCAAAAUGUAUAGCACUUAACUUUUUAUUGUCUGGAUGAAUUUCCCUAGUAAUGGCCAAUUGUGGUAAAAUGUGCCACUUUCUUAUGAUGUUAAUUGUGGAUUUUGUAUGAGAAGAGAUGCUUUGCUGAAAUUGCACUUUGCUUAGAGGGCUGUAGCUAACCAAACUCAGUCACAAAAAGCAAUUAGGGAAUGCCACAAAUGUGUUGUGCAGUUGGGAUAGAUGCAUCUGCGCAACCGCAUAUUGAUUUGCUAAGUCUGAUAAGAGGCGAGUGCUACCAGCCUCAGGGGCCGUAUACUCACUUCCUGUUCUCUCCUUGCCAAGGGUCAACAAGUGAAACAAUUCAAAAAAACAUUUUCUGGUGGUCUCAUUGCAGUAAUACUAAGCAUUAUAUGUAUAUGACUUUUUUUCAAUGUUUAGCUUUGUAUUUACAUAUUUCAUGUUGAAAGCCAUAUAUGAUUGUGCCACCAAAUCUUUGCUAUUAAUUCCCAUUGUUAAUUCUGUCUGUGUUGAUACAGGUGACUUGUGGCUUGUGAUUUAGUUUUUAAGGCAUGCAACUGCUGUUGUUUUAAUUUCAUAGUGGUCUUUAUAAACUUAAAGAAAAAUGUAUUUUCAUAUGAAAAUAUCAUUUCAAAUUCAUUCACAGUAAUUUUUGUGAAGACAGUUUCAUAUGCUUGAGCUUGGUACAAAUGAAACAGUAAGUCACCUGACCAAUAAAACAUGCCUUAAUAAUGUAAGUGAAUAUGGAAUAGAUAUUGCACAUUUAGUUUGUGCUGUUUUGCACAUGCAAUCACUUUAAGAUUGAAUAUUGAAUAAGCUUACAAUAUUAAGCUACUUACAUAUUCAGCUCACGUUGAGGUUUCAUUUAUUGAAAUAAUGCUGAUAGAAUGCAUUUGUUAUUUGAACUCGUGCUUAAAGUAGUGCUCUUUCCAAAGACGACUAUUUUGGUGUCUCCCCAGUUAAACCUUAACAACAAACCUGAACAAGAUUGUUUCUGAUCAAACUAAAAUGGAAAUACAGAAAAUGUGUAUGCACAGCAAUACUGGUAGUUCUUAAUAUUGUAAACCAACACGGUGGGUGACGAAUGUCUCUGUUAAAAUGAAAAAAGCUCAAUUUUUGUAAAUUCAGACCAGGGCUUUUGUGCUUCAUUGACCCUUAGUUAGUGUUUUCUGUGGUCUCUUUGGUCCCACACUUGUCUGCGUGUGGCCAGAAAUGCUGCUGAAGUGCUCUAAGCCUACUUGCCAAAUUUGCAGUUUCCAAGCUGACUGGAAAUUGGAAUGUGUUUGUCAACGUGAAUAAUGUAAUAAAAGGAUUUUUUUUUUCCAAAUAUUAUUUUUAAUUGCUUAAUAUAAUAACCUGAGUGUAAAGAAAAGUCUCAAGUGUAAACAUCCCUUUUGCUGAUGAAUAUCAAUGCAGUACAGAAAGGUCUUUUUGGAGUAUUGUGAAUGCUGGUGUUUGUGGGAUUGCCAGGAAACAUUUCUGUGUGCCAAGUGACUAAAUCCACUUCAUCAAAGGAAGGAAGAUGCUGUACACCUGCACACUCGUGUCACACUGGAGAGAGUGUGAACAUCGGCUUGCACAUGGAUACAUACUUUACUUGCCUUUAGAGAUUGUAAUGAAAGGUAUUUUGUACUAGAACAAGUCUGCAUGGGAGGUUUAAUGUUGGCUUAGAUUUUUUUAGAACUGACCAUUAAUGCUAUAAUGAAAACACAACCCUGUUGCUGCUCAAAUGCCUCCUCCUAUUUGUCCUUUUAUGAAAUUAAGUUCUCUUUCUGUCCCUUUCAGUCUUCUGCUAGUUUUGAAUCAUCUCCACCCGUCUGUGUUUGAGUAUGAGAGAUUACCUUUUCAUGUGAAUGUUGGCUGUGGGUUAAGAACCUAAUCCAACAUAUAUGAAACAAGACCUGAUCCUCUUGUGUCACACUCUAAACUGUCCUUAUGGUUUCUUGGCUAAAAUACUUUCACCCAGAUUCUAAAAUGACUUUUACAGCAGAGUAGCCUGUUGCCUAGUGGCUAAGGUGCAUGACUGGGCCCUGGAAGGUUGGUGGUUCAAGCCCCAGUGUAGCCACCAUAAGAUCUGUGCAGCUGUUGGGCCCUUGAGCAAGGCCCUUAACCCCACAUUGCUCCAGGGGGGAUUGGCCCCUGCUGAGUCAACUGUAAGUCACAAAUUAUAGACAUCUAUGCCAUUGUAGUCAGGGCCGAACAUCUAUAUUUUCAGGUGAACACUUGCCCUUGUUUGAUAUUUCUGUUUUAUUUAGACAGAGCUGAGAGGGUAAUAGAUGGUGGGGAUGAAGUAGUGCUCCCCCUAGGUGCCUGGAGGACAAAGAUUGCUUGAGGCAAUACAGAUUGAGACAGCAUCGAACAGACACCAGACAAGGGACAGAUUCAGCGCUGCUAAAGAGCUGCAAGUGGCUGCUGUUAAAAAAGACUUUCAAGCAAAUUAUUUACUUUGCUUGCCCUCUAAACACUUGUACACCCAUAUACUCUGAUAUGAAUAAAUGCUUUUAUCUAUUUAGCCAAUUAAUUUAUCCUGACACAAAAACCGUGUUGCUACUUGUCAUGAUUUUAAAUACAUGCAUGGUUUAAAUCACAAGCUUAAGACUUUUAAGCAAACAUUGGAUACUUGUAUUGCUGACUUUUGUACAAUGUUAGUGCCUGAGGUGCCACAUUUGAAACAUUAAAGCAAUGAAGCUAUCUCGUAAUUUUAGAAUCUUAAAAUUAUAAAUAUAAUAACCUUGGACAUUGCACUUUGAAAGUUAUGUGCUUAUUUUAUAUGCUUUUUAUUAUUUUAUACAAGAGCAAAUGGCUAGUGAAACUAGUAUUACCACAGAUCGAUGUGCUAACUAGAUGGUCACCUCUGUAUUCUUAGCAUUCCCUGUGUUAUAGCUUGGAGUAUGCUGCUUGGCUCAUUGUGAAUUUUCCACGAAGGCAUGUGGAUGACUAGAACACCCGUAGGUAGCCUAGCAACAAAAACAUCCCUUGAACCCACUGUUACAAACUAGACCACAGUAAGAAAGCAUGAAUGAGAAUGGAACACAGAAGCUGACCAUCAGAGUUUUACACGAGUAUAUGUGGUAUUGCCUCACAGUGAGGUUUGUUUUAGGAAAAACUUGGCUCCAGCUUUUAUUUUUAUUUUAUGCUUUCCCCAACACCCCCUCCCCUCUUUAUGAAUACAACUUUGCUUCCUCAAUAAAUUAAAAAAAAUGAAACUAUCCAGAACAGCCAUAUUCAUGCAGUUGAUUGUUUUUAUUGGGGAACUGUACUUUGUGUGUUGAUAUAACAAAAGGAUCUGGUUAUAGGCCUCUUUUCAAUCGCAGAUUAUCAGCUGCUCUUGUACAAAAAGAAUGUCACAUUUAUUAUCGGAAUGCAAAAUGUACGCUUUCUGUUGCAUCUCAAUCAGAUGUUUUUUGGCAUUGUAUCUGUAUAGUAAAAAAGAAAAGUUUAGCCAUUGGUAUGUAGUGGUCAUUUUCACUCUAAUGGCUGUGUUAUUGCUGCCGUGCAUUCAUUUAGUUUUUAUCCUGUUUUUUAUAUGAUUGUUGAAAACCAGCAUGUUGAUAUUGAUCAAAUGAGCCAAAACCGCUUCAGAAGGAAACCUGACGGUGUUUAACGUUCUCUCGCCUCCAACUUGAAUUCCGCUUUGAAAUUUGUGUUUUCUGUCUAUCAUUUUGUCUUAUAACAGGCUACAGUUAAAAAAUAAAUAUAUUUACUUAAGUAUGCUUAUAAUUAUGAUUAUAUACGUAUAUGUUGACAAAGGACAAUAAGCAGUUAUUUUUUAAUUACUGGGUGCUUUUCUUUUGGGUUCAUAGAACAAUAUAAUCACUUGAUGGUGGAUUGAUUUCUGUUUGGUGGAUGGUAUUCACUCUUCUGCACUUCAAUUAUGUGUGUAUUUCUGCUGGGAUGUGGAAGAAUGAUUAUGAACAACUUCAAUAUUUACAUGGAUUUUAGUUUGACAGUACCUGUUUGAAAGCUAAUUUACAUUUAACACUGGAGACAUACAAAUCAAUAUAUAUUAUAUGCACACACAAGAUAGACUGCUCAACAUUACAGUGUUAUAUUCUGUCAAACAAAUGAAUUGUUUAAUAAAACUUGAUACACUUUAUAUUGAAA